UGCAAUCAUAAAUCUUUCAUCGUACACAGGUCUGCAAACUCGAAAACCCAUAGUACAUAACAUCUGGCGUUUCUUUGAAGCAUUGCAAAUAUGUCUCGUCAUCAUCCCGACUUAGUGAUGUGCCGCAAGCAAACGGGCAUCUCGAUCGGCCGCCUCUGCGACAAGUGCGACGGCAAAUGUCCGGUUUGCGACAGCUACGUCAGACCUACUACACUCGUGCGGAUAUGCGAUGAAUGCUCCUUUGGCAACUACCAAAAUAAGUGCGUAGUAUGCGGUGGCGAAGGUAUAUCAGACGCUUUCUAUUGCUUCGAAUGUACGCGGCUAGAGAAAGAUCGUGAUGGCUGCCCAAAGAUCAUCAAUCUUGGUAGCUCGAGGACGGAUCUAUUCUACCAGAAAAAGAAUUUCAGGAAUCAUUGAGGUUUGAUUUGGGGAAGAGAGUUUUGGACACCACAACACAAUGAACAGAUGUAGUGCGCCGUACCCCAUGAGACAGCAUUCGCAUUUGCCGAUAAUGCUUCGGAUAUGCUAGGACAUGGGUCUCCGACACCUUGGAAAAGGUGGACGACAUCCGGAAGGCCACAGCAUGGAUACGGCGUUGUCCUCAGCUGAAUAUCAAAAUCCUCAUCGGGACUGGGUCAGUUGGGCCAGUGAUUAUGCGGGACAAACUCAAGCAAAGCAAGCAGAAAUGCGCGAAAGGAUAGUUGGGCGGAUGCUUAGGUUGUGUGUAAGGCUCGCUUGCCGGUUUCUUAAAUUUAUAAGUGCAUGCGUAUGCGAAGGAAGCUCGUUUUGAGAAGCGCCCACUACAUCCAUAAGACUGAGAUAGUAUUCGAUAUAUACAUCCAACAGUCAUUCUUCUUUGCGCACAUUUCCUAAAUAUCAUUCGUUGCUCAUGCGCAGGUAAUAAUACAUAAUUAUGCUUCAGCGACAAUCGAUUUUGAGGAGC